CCCUCCCGACUGCCAAGCCUCUGCUGUCUUGCUCUUUUAAGCCUCCGACGUGCUCUUGCCUGGACUUCUCACUUGAGAGCAGGCUGCUGUUGUACAGAGCUGUGCUGUGCUGAGGACUGAUUUCUUCUUUCAGACAGUUUUGCAAUGAGAGUUCAUAGCAGGAGGAGAACGAGAAAAUGUCAGAGGAUGUGGUUUUCCUGAGCUUGCUGAACUGCACAGAAGCAUACUUUGGGCAUGACUUAACAACAAAAGGAAGCAAAGUGUCUAUACAUUUCCAUAGGUUGUGGGUUGUUGAGAUGAAAAUGAGACAUCUCUGCACUUAGAUCUAAUGCGUCAUCUGCUGUUUUUGUUUUUUUUUAAAAGAUACUUCGACCAUUUUUAACUUCUCUCUGAAAUUGGAUUACCUCAGAAGAUUGGUUCAUUUUUACCCUCACUCAAGCCAUUAACGUCCUUUACUUGAGAUGAAUGUAUGUUUCAGUGGUGGCUGGCUGAUUGUUGCUUUUGACCUUUGAAGUGAUUACUCAGUCUUUUACAACAUCAUCUUAACAGGCUGCUAGUGACAAAACCUGCUGAGAUGGGCUGUGGACUACCUAAGCUAGAAAAGGCAGAAGAAAACAGCCCAGGCAAAAUCUACUCAACCCUCAAACGGCCCCAGGUGGAAACUAAAGUGGGAACAGCCUACUGCUAUAGCUUCCUGGACUUCAUAAUAGGAAAAGAUGACAUCCCGGGGUCCUCUGCACUCUGCCUGCCCUCCCUGCGUGAACUCCCUGCCCAGCUGCAGGACCUGUACCAACAAGGUUUUGUUCUGGCAGCUGUCCAUGCCUUCAUUCACCCGUCUGGUGUGGAAGAGGGUACUGUGCAUGCACAGCUGUACAGAGCUGUGCUUGUCAAGCUGGCUGACAGUUCAGAAAAUAGCCAACUAAACAAUGAGCCCCAGAGACUGGAAAUGGAUAUGUGCCUGUCUUCUGAUCAGCUUCCUGGGGCAGAAUUAAUACAAGGCUAUAUGAAAAAACAUAUGUUUGUUUUGAUGUUUUUGUCUGCAGGAGUCCAGACAUAUGCACUUUUCAAUCAUCCCCACGCCGGGCAGAACUCUUUGAAGUUUUACUCAGUGAAGGUGCCCUUGAAAAUCCUCAAGAAGGACAAUAGCGUUUGUAGUGUGGAAGCAAACUGGCUCGACCACAUGACCCAGCACUUUACCAGUGGAGCAUCGCUGGUGGAUGGGUACUUCCAUCUGGGAGCAGACAAUGAUUCUUUAUCCAAGUCUGUUGAGGGUGUUUUCAUCUUUCAAGAUUGCUCUGAAGGGGACUCUUCUGAAGCACAGGCAUAUGAUGCCAUUGUUGUUGAACAAUGGACUGUUUUUGAAGGUAUUGAGGUGAAGACAGAUUACAUUCCUCUGCUCAGAUCCUUGGCUAUGUAUGGAUGGAGGCUGACGUGUGUGCUGCCUACUCCAAUAGUGAAGACAAACAGUGAAGGCAAUCUGGCAACAAAGCAGAUUGUUUUUCUUCAGAGACCCUGCCUACCCCGAAAGAAGAAGGAAUCCAAGAAGCUGAGUUUCAAAACAAGAAGCAAGUCAAAUAAAACUUCCAUUAAAGAUGUGCUAAAAAACAAAAAGCACAACAGGAUACCGAAACUGGCAGAGAAGAUCAUAGAAGAUGUGGAGAAAGAGGGCGAAGAGGAGCAGGAGAAGAGCAUUGAAAAAGAGGAGAACAGUAGUGAAAACAAUCACAAUGAGAAACAAAAUGAAAGGGAUAAGCAGGGGGAAAUGGACACUGAACACAGCAAAGAGCCAAGGGCAGUGACAGAGGAGCAGCUUACAGCUGUGCAGGACAGCGGCGAGAAGGACAGAGGACUUGCCAAGCCUGCCUGUGUCAGUGAAGUGUCAAUGUCCAUCCAGGAAACAGGGAGCUCUGUCUCCCCACCAGAAAGCUGUGUCUCACUGGAAUCCUUGGAGAUACCCAGCUCAGACUGUGUGGAGUCUAAUGAUAGUUAAGUUUAAUCACUUUCAUGGUGCUGCAAAGCACAGUUCCACAUCAAAGUGAAACAACUUUGUCACCACAUAAAACUUUUGAACCUUUGAAAUAUUUUCUAUAGUUUUGCAGCUUUAAUGCAUGAAUUCCAUUUCUAAAUGUAACACAAAAUUGAAAAUCUGGUUCUGAGGCUUUUAUGUUGAUUAAAAAAGAUUUGUACCAUUUGUACCUUAUUUGUACCAGAAAGAAUGUGCUGAUUGCACUAUUAGCCCAUAGACCUUUUUUUUAGAUAGCACAUUAACUUUUUGUCCCAACGUAAAUUAUGAAUAGAUUUUAUUUUGUUUGACCCUGCACACGCUUCAGAACCCCUUGAAAUAAACAGGGCCAGAGUACACAUAAUGUAGUAGACAGGUUUUCUAUAACAAGCUGUAACAGCAUUGCAGAAGGGAUAACACUGAUGUUUACUGUUAAAAGCUUCUCUUUUAUCAUAUGGUAUAUUAUUUCUAUGCACAAAGAGUAUUGUAGUCAGGCAUUGUAUAAGCUCCCUGUUUGCAUCUUCUGGUAAAUGUGUAUGCUUUUUCAAUAUUUAUGCUGAUGGAACCAAAUUAAAAUAUUCCAUGUAUAGUGAUAUACUUUAAUGAAGCACAGUUACUGAGAGCAAGGGUAAGAUUUUUCAUUGAAUGUAGUUCAGAGGUUUUGAGAAACUGAGACAUGUCCAUAGAAAUUAAAGAGCUUAGAUUUAAAAAAUACAAUAUUGGACCAUAAGGUGCGCUGUUUUGUGCUUGCUGAAUUUGUAGUGUGAAGUAUGGCAUGUUUUAAUUUAAAGUCACAAUAGUCCCAAAACAUGUAUUCAGCUUAUAGGUGAAUACUUGGCGCUAUGAGUGAGGAAAACAAGUAAAAACUGGUAAUUAUGCUGGGUCUUCAGAGACAUGUUUUUUUAAUACACUAGGAUUCAAGUCUUCUCUGUUCAAACUACUUCCACUCUUAUACUUCACAGUUAAGAGGCUAACACACCUUGCAAUCUAUCACAUUGCCGGACAACCGAUAUAAAAAACGUUGAUACAUCUGUAUAAGAGAGUGUAUAGAUAUAUAUCAGUAUAAAUUAAUAUUAAAUAUAUGCAAUUAUGCAAACAGUUCUUGUUAAAUUGUAACUUUCAAUUAACAUUUGAUAAAUUUCUAGGACAACCACUGUUAAUACUAUUUAAUCCCAAUUACCUUAUGUUCAUUUCUGGCAGAGUACAGUAUGUGGAUUCUUUUAAAACUAUAUUUCACAAUCUAAAACUUUAAAAAUGAAAAUACAGCAGAUUAACCUGAUCAGCCAUUUCAUAUUCAUUACAUUCUCUUAUAUAAAACCAGAAUUCCUUUUAAACAUUAAUUGAAAGUAAUGUGUCAUUCAAUAUGAAAUAUGGAAUGUGAAUUUAUGCUCCACACAAAAAAGUGAUGGGUGAAAACCCAGCCAUCAUAAACUGGCCUACAUGCACACUGAACAUCAGGUGUUAUGGGAUCAUAGAAAAUGUUUAAAGCUUGAGAGAUAAUGUACUGUAUAAGUACUUUGUAAAUUUUCUAUUGCCAUAAACAUGUUGUAAUGAUUUUGAUGUUUGCUGAUCAUGUCAAUUUUAGUUAUUUUUUAAAAGUCUGGACAUGCUUUCCCUAAUUUCCACUGUUGGAAUAUAUAGCUAUCUGGUGCAUAUAUGUGUGUGUAUGGAUUUGUAAGACAUAUCAUGUAGUUAAGAGAAAUGCAACUCUCCUGAAUGGUUCUACACCAACAUCACCUAAAUUCUAGGUCCUAAAAGAAAGACUACUACAGUAUAUAUAAUACUGAACUUCAAGCUUUGUAGGUGUGUGAAUGUGCACACUUGUGAAUUUUAACAUAUGCCAUGAGAAGUGAGGGCAAAUGAAAUCCUGAAGUGAUGGAACAAUUCUCAUUGAAAACCUUUAUUCAUGUACUUUAAUAAGAAAUUGUUAAAAAAAAAUAGUAAAACACAAAGUACAUUUGUCCUUGUUUUUUUUAAAUUAAAAUAAAAUUUCCUUCUGAUUAUCUUUAAAAAGGCAAUUGUAGAAGGCUCGCGUCCAACUGUAAAAUGUAUAAUUAUUAAGGGCUCUACACAUAUUAUUGGUCCAAUCAGUACCGUUACUGAUCUAAGUUUGCAUUAAGUUUUGACAAAAACUAAAAGUUCGUAGAAAAUAUUUUCACAGCACUAUUUUUACAUUUUUAAUUUUGAAAACGUUUGAAGCAACAGAAUAGUGAUUUAAUGCUGAACUAAAAGGGGAGGACCUGUCAGAUGUAGGACAGGAUGAAAAUAUGGUUUUAAUCAGUUUCUUUUCCAAAUUGUAACAUGAACUCUAGCAUUAUACAGUUCAACACAUCUGUCAAGAGCCUAAUGUAACAUAUUUUAACUGGCUAUGUUGCUUACUUGCUUAAAAUUUGCUUUACGUUUUCUGAAGAACUAAGCCAUGCAUUUAGUAAAUACAGUAUUCUAUUUCAUGUACUUCUGUAGUAAAAUCCAUAAAAAUGCUUAAGCAGCUCGCAGGCAACCUAUGCUAAAGGUUAUGCUAAACCUAGAAGCUACUAAAUUAAGUAAUUCUUAAAUGUUUUUGGUAAUUGUCAUGUUCCUGUUAAUUUUACUCUGAUUAAGGGUGGGAUUAAAUCAAUACACCAGUCACUUACAAAUCCCAGUAAGUCAUUCAACUUUCUGUUUGCUGGAAAAUGGAGAUACCCGGACAAUUUCAAGUGUGGUUAAAAAUCUGAUUAAAUCCAGGCACAAAUAUUAUUUAAUAUAUCAUCAAUAAUAUUUAAGAAUCAUCAAACUAUUUCAAAAUGCUUGCUGAAGUGCUUCCACCUCAGUAUCAAAGUACACUGAAUAGUUUCAAGCAGUAAUAAUAUGCACCUCUGUUUGAAUGAAAUAUAAGGUAAAAUUUGAUUCCACAUAAAUGGAUUUCAAUUGAAGAUGAAGCAAACAAAUUGAAAAAAUCAAACAUUCCUGAAUAUCUUUUUUUUUAUAGUAGGCCUCCUAAUAAUUAUGGUAUUAAGUCCUCUUUUUGUGUGAACAUUGUAUAGUAGACUAGGCUGAAAAAACAUAGUUUUCUAACCAAAGCUUCAUCUUUGAGUAAGAGUAACAUUAUCACAGAACUUAAUUGCGCAAGAUAGCAUCACUCUGAUACCAUAUAAGGUGAUUCAUGAAAGCUUGUGUACAUUUGUAAAAUAUCAAGGGGUGACUCUCCUAGUUAGUACUCUUAUUUAGUAGUUACCAACCCUGAUCAUGUGGGACAACCGUCUCAGUUGAUUCUCAUUCCAUUUCAGGUCUACAUUUUCAGGGUAAUUGAUAUCUUGAAUUUUUUGCUUACUUUAAAAACUUUUGGUAAAAUGGCACACAAUGAUACUAAAUUACUACAGUUUAUAAGCUUGAAAAUUGCUACAUUUAUAAAUCCCAUAGUCUAUUAGUCUAUGAUUAAGAACUUUGCGGGUGCAAAAAACUGAAGAUUCAGUGGUCCCCCCAGGACCAGGAAAGUGAACCUGAUGAAUGAACCGCAAAAUGAAACUUUACAGAAUUCUCCAAAACAAUGUUUUCUGUAAACAGUCUUAAUAGUAGUAUGAGCAAUGUUACAUUAAUUUAAAGCAUAGUUUUGCUUCUUUGGACCAGCUCUGCAACUGUGCAGGUGUUACUCAUUUAAGCGUUUCCUGCAUCUUUGAGUAAUCUGCAGUGUUUAGAACUAAUCAGUUCUACCAUGCCAUAGUUUUAAAUUACUAACAGAGAACAACUUAAAGUGCUCAUUCUCCACAGCAUAUACCAAUGGUUGUGAAAAGAGAACCCAUAAAUCUUGGCACAGAUUUUAUUCCAGUGUUAGAAGCUUUAUGUAUCUGUAAGCUAUUCUACCAUAUACUUUUCUUUGUGACUUUAUGAAAACAGAAAGGCAAUAGUGUUAAAGGGUAUUUCAGCAAAAUUCACACAUACUGUACGGUGAUUUCCACUACUGCAAACAAAAUCUGUGAGCUUCUUUAAUAUUCUUUGUUGAUGUGAUUGGUAUAGAACAGCAGAGUUCACAGACCUUGUUAAUUUUUGUAAUGCUUCUUUUAUAUUUGAAACACCAUGUGCUUGCUGAGCAUCCUGUACAAAUGUGUAUAUUACAAAUCUGCUUUAUAUUUGUUUAUUUUGUUUUGAUCAUGAAUAUAUUUGGUUUUCUAAUCAAUAAAGAUGUGUGUUUGAA